AUGUAUCCAUUAAUGCAUUGGCUUCAUGCCGAUGCGUGCCGAUGGAUCUAUUGGUGCCGAUUCUCCCUCCUUCCAUCACCCCGCCCCAUUCUCCCGCUUUCCAUCACCCCACCCCAUUCUCCCUCCUUCCAUCACCCCGCCCCAUUCUCCCUCCUUCCAUCACCCCGCCCCAUUCUCCCGCUUUCCAUCACCCCGCCGCAUUCUCCCGCUUUCCAUCACCCCGCCCCAUUCUCCCUCCUUCCAUCACCCCGCCCCAUUCUCCCGCUUUCCAUCACCCCACCCCAUUCUCCCUCCUUCCAUCACCCCGCCCCAUUCUCCCUCCUUCCAUCACCCCGCCCCAUUCUCCCGCUUUCCAUCACCCCGCCCCAUUCUCCCGCUUUCCAUCACCCCGCCCCAUUCUCCCGCUUUCCAUCACCCCGCCCCAUUCUCUCGCUUUCCAUCACCCUGCCCCAUUCUCCCGCUUUCCAUCACCCCGCCCCAUUCUCCCGCUUUCCAUCACCCUGCCCCAUUCUCUCGCUUUCCAUCACCCUGCCCCAUUCUCCCGCUUUCCAUCACCCUGCCCAGUUCUCCUGCUUUCCAUCACCCUGCCCCAUUCUCCCGCUUUCUAUCACCCCGCCGCAUUCUCCCGCUUUCCAUCACCCCGCCCCAUUCUCCCUCCUUCCAUCACCCCGCCCCAUUCUCCCGCUUUCCAUCACCCCGCCCCAUUCUCCCUCCUUCCAUCACCCCGCCCCAUUCUCCCUCCUUCCAUCACCCCGCCCCAUUCUCCCGCUUUCCAUCACCCCGCCCCAUUCUCCCGCUUUCCAUCACCCCGCCCUAUUCUCUCGCUUUCCAUCACCCCGCCCCAUUCUCCCGCUUUCCAUCACCAUGCCCCGUUCUCCCGCUUUCCACCACCCUGCCCCAUUCUCCCACUUUCCAUCACCCCGCCCCAUUCUCCUGCUUUCCAUCACCCCGCCCCAUUCUCCCUCCUUCCAUCACCCCGCCCCAUUCUCCUUCCUUCCAUCACCCCGCCCCAUUCUCACGCUUUCCAUCACCCCGCCCCAUUCUCCCGCUUUCCAUCACCCCGCCCCAUUCUCCCGCUUUCCAUCACCCCUCCUCAUUCUCCCGCUUUCCAUCACCCCGCCCCAUUCUCCCGCUUUCCAUCACCCCGCCCCAUUCUCUCGCUUUCCGUCACCCCGCCCCAUUCUCCCGCUUUCCAUCACCCUGCCCCAUUCUCCCGCUUUCCAUCACCCUGCCCCAUUCUCCCGCUUGCCAUCACCCCGCCCCAUUCUCCCGCUUUCCAUCACCCCGCCCCAUUCUCCCGCUUUCCAUCACCCCGUCCCCUUCUCCCGCAUUCCAUCACCCCGCCCCAUUCUUCCGCUUUCCAUCACCCCGCCCCCUUCUCCCGCUUUCCAUCACCCCGCCCCAUUCUCCCGCUUUCCAUCACCCCGCCCCAUUCUCCCGCCUUCCAUCACCCCGCCCCAUUCUCCCGCUUUCCAUCACCGCCCCAUUCUCCCUCCUUCCAUCACCCCGCCCCAUUCUCCCUCCUUCCAUCACCCCGCCCCAUUCUCCCGCUUUCCAUCACCCCGCCCCAUUCUCCCUCCUUCCAUCACCCCGCCCCAUUCUCCCGCUUUCCAUCACCCCACCCCAUUCUCCCUCCUUCCAUCACCCCGCCCCAUUCUCUCUCCUUCCAUCACCCCGCCCCAUUCUCCCGCUUUCCAUCACCCCGCCCCAUUCUCCCGCUUUCCAUCAUCCCGCCCCAUUCUCCCGCUUUCCAUCACCCCGCCCCAUUCUCCCGCUUUCCAUCACCCCGCCCCAUUCUCCCGCUUUCCAUCACCCCGCCCCAUUCUCUCGCUUUCCAUCACCCUGCCCCAUUCUCCCGCUUUCCAUCACCCUGCCCAGUUCUCCUGCUUUCCAUCACCCUGCCCCAUUCUCCCGCUUUCCAUCACCCAGCCGCAUUCUCCCGCUUUCCAUCACCCCGCCCCAUUCUCCCUCCUUCCAUCACCCCGCCCCAUUCUCCCGCUUUCCAUCACCCCACCCCAUUCUCCCUCCUUCCAUCACCCCGCCCCAUUCUCCCUCCUUCCAUCACCCCGCCCCAUUCUCCCGCUUUCCAUCACCCCGCCCCAUUCUCCCGCUUUCCAUCACCCCGCCCCAUUCUCCCGCUUUCCAUCACCCCGCCCCAUUCUCUCGCUUUCCAUCACCCUGCCCCAUUCUCCCGCUUUCCAUCACCCUGCCCAGUUCUCCUGCUUUCCAUCACCCUGCCCCAUUCUCCCGCUUUCUAUCACCCCGCCGCAUUCUCCCGCUUUCCAUCACCCCGCCCCAUUCUCCCUCCUUCCAUCACCCCGCCCCAUUCUCCCGCUUUCCAUCACCCCACCCCAUUCUCCCUCCUUCCAUCACCCCGCCCCAUUCUCCCUCCUUCCAUCACCCCGCCCCAUUCUCCCGCUUUCCAUCACCCCGCCCCAUUCUCCCGCUUUCCAUCACCCCGCCCUAUUCUCUCGCUUUCCAUCACCCCGCCCCAUUCUCCCGCUUUCCAUCACCUUGCCCCGUUCUCCCGCUUUCCACCACCCUGCCCCAUUCUCCCGCUUUCCAUCACCCCGCCCCAUUCUCCUGCUUUCCAUCACCCCGCCCCAUUCUCCCUCCUUCCAUCACCCCGCCCCAUUCUCCUUCCUUCCAUCACCCCGCCCCAUUCUCCCGCUUUCCAUCACCCCGCCCCAUUCUCCCGCUUUCCAUCACCCCGCCCCAUUCUCCCGGUUUCCAUCACCCCUCCUCAUUCUCCCGCUUUCCAUCACCCCGCCCCAUUCUCCCGCUUUCCAUCACCCCGCCCCAUUCUCUCGCUUUCCGUCACCCCGCCCCAUUCUCCCGCUUUCCAUCACCCUGCCCCGUUCUCCCGCUUUCCAUCACCCUGCCCCAUUCUCCCGCUUGCCAUCACCCCGCCCCAUUCUCCCGCUUUCCAUCACCCCGCCCCAUUCUCCCGCUUUCCAUCAUCCCGUCCCCUUCUCCCGCAUUUCAUCACCCCGCCCCAUUCUUCCGCUUUCCAUCACACCGCCCCCUUCUCCCGCUUUCCAUCACCCCGCCCCAUUCUCCCGCUUUCCAUCACCCCGCCCCACUCUCCCGCUUUCCAUCACCCCGCCCCAUUCUCCCUCCUUCCAUCAUCCCGCCCCAUUCUCCCGUCUUCCAUCACUCCGCCCCAUUCUCCCGCCUUCCAUCACCCCGCUCCAUUCUCCCGCUUUCCAUCACCCCACCCCAUUCUCCCGCUUUCCAUCACCCCGCCCCAUUCUCCCUCCUUCCAUCACCCCGCCCCAUUCUCCCUUUCCAUCACCCAACCCCAUUCUCCCGCUUUCCAUCACCCCGCCCCAUUCUCCUGCUUUCCAUCACCCCGCCCCAUUCUCCCUCCUUCUAUCACCCCGACCCUUUCUUCCUCCUUCCAUCACCUCGCCCCAUUCUCCCGCUUUCCAUCACCCCGCCCCAUUCACCCGCUUUCCAUCACCCCGCCCCAUUCUCCCGCUUUUCAUCACCCCGCCCCAUUCUCUCACUUUCCAUCACCCCGCCCUAUUCUCCCGCUUUCCAUCACCCCGCACCAUUCUCCCUCCAUCCAUCACCCCGCCCCAUUCUCCCGCUUUCCAUCACCCAACCCCAUUCUCCCGCUUUCCAUCACUCCGCCCCAUUCUCCUGCUUUCCAUCACCCCGCCCCAUUCUCCCUCCUUCUAUCACCCCGACCCAUUCUUCCUCCUUCCAUCACCUCGCCCCAUUCUCCCGCUUUCCAUCACCCCGCCCCAUUCUCCCGCUUUCCAUCACCCCGCCCCAUUCUCCCGCUUUUCACCACCCCGCCCCAUUCUCCCGCUUUCCAUCACCCUGCCCCAUUCUCCCGCUUUCCAUCACCCCGCCCCAUUCUCCCGGUUUCCAUCACCCCGCCCCAUUCUCCCGCUUUCCAUCACCCGCCCCAUUCUCCCGCUUUCCAUCACCCCGCCCCAUUCUCCCUCCUUCCAUCACCCCGCCCCAUUCUUCCUCCUUCCAUCACCCCGUCCCAUUCUCCCGCUUUCCAUCACCCUGCCCCAUUCUCCCUCCUUCCAUCACCCUGCCCCAUUCUCCCGCUUUCCAUCACCUCGCCCCAUUCUCCCGCUUUCCAUCACCCCGCCCCAUUCUCCCGCUUUCCAUCACCCCGCCCCAUUCUCCCGCUUUCCAUCACCCCGCCCCAUUCUCCCGCUUUCCAUCACCCCGCCCCAUUCUCCCUCCUUCCAUCACCCCGCCCCAUUCUCCCGCUUUCCAUCACCCCGUCCCAUUCUCCCUCUUUCCAUCACCCCGCCCCAUUCUCCCGCUUUCCAUCACCCCACCCCAUUCUCCCGCUUUCCAUCACCCCGACCCAUUCUCCCACUUUCCAUCACCCCGCCCCAUUCUCCCGCUUUCCAUCACCCCUCCCCAUUCUCCCGCUUUCCAUCACCCCGCCCCAUUCUCCCUCCUUCCAUCACCCCGCCCCAUUCUCCCGCUUUCCAUCACCCCGCCCCAUUCUCCCGCUUUCCAUCACCCCGCCCCAUGCUCCCGCUUUCCAUCAACCCGCCUUAUUCUCCCUCCUUCCAUCACCCCGCCCCAUUCUCCCGCUUUCCAUCACCCCGCCCCAUUCUCCCUCCUUCCAUCACCCCGCCCCAUUCUCCCGCUUUCCAUCACCCCGCCCCAUUCUCCCGCUUUCCAUCACCUCUGCGGAGAUAA